CUCUAAUUCCUUUGAAUCCCAAACCAUUUUAACUUCUUCGUAAGACGAGAGAACCUUUUGAGUGUUACAUUAUCGAUGAUUUAAAAAUGAAUUGAUCGUGAGAAAGAAUAUUUUUAAGGAAACAUGAAGUGUAUUAUUAGGUGUUUACAAAUCGUGUUUUUUCUUUCAUUGAACAAAUUAAUCUCUGCCAUUGAAAAACAAUGGAUAGUGGAUUUCGAGUGGAACAACGAAAAAAAUUGGGAUCAUAUACCUGAAAUCGAUGGACACAUUAUUUUUCCACUCGAAACAAGACAUGCCGUUGGUUUAGCUAAGUCCGUCGAUUUGAAAUUAUCUAAAAUCGACUUACCAAGAGAAGGUUCCUUAGUGUUAUUCAGAAAUGGUAAAUUAGAGUUUAGCGAAUCGAAAAAUUCAGAAACGAAAAUAUCGAGAUGGUUGAAGGAGGGUAAAUUUUUCUGGGCUGAUCCUGAUAAUUGGAACGGUGUUUCCAAUGCAGCACCACACAUGGAACGAAUACCUUGUAGUCAAGAUGACGUAGUUCUGCCAGGAACAGACCAAACAUUUAAUAUACAUCUACCAGUUAAAGACAUUCAAGUAGAGUCCAUUAGAUUGUCGAAUCACAAAUAUCCUAGUACAUGGUGGGAUUGGGAGGAGAUGCAAAAGAAAAAAGAAUUUUUAGGUGGUUUUCUUAGCGUCAAAUAUAGUCAAUAUGACUGUCAGAAAUGUUUUUGUCAAGAUGGCUCGCAAUACGAUUAUUUCAAAGAGAUAUGUGCUAUUCAAGGCCCUAAAUGUGGUUUUGCAGCUUGUGAAUAUCCAUUGAAGAUCGAAGGACAUUGUUGUCUUUACUGCGGUGGUCGAAUAAUUAUACCAAAAGGAGCUUCGUUAGCAAUGAUUCGAUCUUUAGCUGACGAAGUUCUGGAACAACGCGCAACAAGUCUUGCAUGGUAUGUUAGACGAACAUGGACUGAUAAUAUAGAAAUUCUUCUCAAAGAGAAGAGUGAAUAUACCGGUGUCGAUACUUUGAUAGCGCUAGAGGAUCUACAAACAAAACUUCAUAAUGAAAAUAUUGAAAUAUUGUAUGCGGAAAAUCCGGGUGCGCCAUUAAAAGAUUCUCGAUUGGCCACGAUGCUCGGUCCAUUUUUCGGAGCACCCAUAAUCAUUCUUAUUCUUCUAAUCACAGGCUUUUGGUACUUCGAUUAUUCGAUUGGAUAUGUUCUAUCUGAAAUAUCGGGAGCAUGGUCGUCCGUUAAAGAAAAAUCAAAUAAGCCGUUUAGUUUCGCACGUUUUGAGAAUAUCCUUGAGGGUAACGUGAGAAUCGAGGAUCCUCAAACAAGAAGAGACGAACAUGAGAUGAACGAGGAACUCAUUACGGAAGAGGAGGAGGUGCUGGAUGAAGAGGGUACUUCUGUCGGUGGAAACUUUGAGAAUCCUCUUUACAGAUCAAAAAGAGACAAGAAAUAUAAGAUAGAGGAACGAGAACUCAUCAACGUCGAUCUUCCAUUAAGUCUGACAAGUCUGAAAAACAGAGUGAAAGAUAAUACAGAGGAUGAUGAUGAUAUCGAGAUGAAUAUUGAAUAAUAAACUUUUAUCGUUCUUAAUCCACGAAUGAAUUCUGUUCUCUCUUUUAAUUCAAUUUAAAAUUAAUUAACUAUCAAAAUAUCAGAUACGAUUAAUCAGAUUCUAUGUGUUCUAAUUGUACAAUAUUUAAGUAAAUAUUUAUUUUUUCGUAUAAAAAUGAGAGAAAGAUAAUGAAGUGAUAUGAUAUUUACAAGAUGAACGUGACGUAACUAAUAUCAACCUGAUUAUCUCGUUUUUAAAUAUAAAAAUACAAUUUAUAACGGAAAUAUAUUAAAUUCAAUUGAGAAAGAAA